CGGGAAAAUAAAUAUCGAAGGGCACUUCUAACAUUUUUUUAAAAUGGUUGGGGUGUGGAUUCGUUUCAUAUAUCCAAUAAAGCUACAAAGUGUGCUUAUUUAUCUCUUAUAAGUCUCUAAUAAUUGAUAAAGAGGUAGUAGUAGACUCACUUUCAGCAUAUCCAUCUCCAACACUCAGCACAAAAAUGGCCUCCCAAGCUUCCCAGAUCCACUUCGUCUUGUUCCCUCUGAUGUCCCAAGGCCACAUGAUCCCCAUGAUGGACAUCGCCACAAUCUUGUCACAGCAGCAAGAUGUUACAGUCACAGUAAUCACCACCCCCCACAACGCAUCACGCUUCACUCACACAACCAAAUCCAGAUCCCAAAUCAGAAUCCUCGAACUCGAAUUCCCACACAACGAAACUGGAUUACCAGAAGGGUGUGAGAAUCUCGACAUGCUCCCUUCACUGGGCACCGCCUUAACUUUCUUCAACGCAGCAAGCAACCUUCAGAAACCAGUGGAACAGCUUUUCAACGAGUUAACACCGCCACCAAACUGCAUCAUUUCCGACAUGUGUUUGCCUUACACCGCCAGAAUAGCAGCCAAGUUCAACAUCCCGAGAAUCUCUUUCCUCGGACAGAGCUGUUUCACGCUGUUCUGUCUCUACAACAUAGGCCGCCACAAAGUUCGCCAGAACGUGACUUCAGAAACAGAGUACUUUGUUCUCCCUGGUGUCCCUGACAAGAUUGAGAUGACAAAAGCGCAGAUUCCUGGGCCUUCUGGAGCAAGGAUGGACCAGAAUCGGAUAGCUUUUUACGCCGAAACCGCUGCGGCGGAAGCUGCUUCUUAUGGGGUUGUCAUGAAUUCAUUUGAAGAGCUGGAGACAGAGUAUGCAAAGGGUUACAAGAAGGUGAAAAAUGGUAAGGUUUGGUGUAUUGGUCCUGUUUCACUCAGCAACAAUAAUAAGGUUUCUAUUGAUGAAGAUGAACAUUACUGUAUGAAGUGGCUUGAUUUGCAGAAAUCAAAGUCUGUGAUCUAUGCUUGCCUUGGAAGCAUGUGCAAUUUAACUCCUCUGCAGUUGAUAGAGCUUGGUUUGGGUUUAGAAGCAUCAAAUAGACCCUUCAUUUGGGUGAUCAGGGAAAAGAGUGGAAGUCAAUUAGAUGAGUUGGAGCAUUGGAUCAAGGAACAAGGAUUUGAGGAAAGGAACAAUGGUAAAGGGCUUUUGAUUCGAGGUUGGGCGCCUCAGGUGUUGAUACUAUCGCACCCUGCAGUUGGAGGGUUCUUAACUCACUGUGGUUGGAAUUCGACUUUGGAAGCGAUUUGUGGCGGUGUACCUAUGGUUACAUGGCCGCUAUUUGGGGACCAGUUUUUCAAUGAGAAGCUGAUUGUGCAGAUUUUGGGAGUUGGAGUGAGAGUUGGAGUGGAGGCUCCUGUGAAAUGGGGUGAGGAAGAGGAAAUAGGGGUGCUGGUGAAGAAGGAAGAUGUUGAGAGAGCAAUUGAAGAGUUGAUGUAUGAGAGUAGCCAAAGUGAUGAAAUGAGAAGAAGAGUUCAAGAGCUUGCUGAGAUGGCUAAGAGAGCUGUGGAAGAAGGAGGGUCUUCUCACACUAAUGUGACCCUCCUUAUUCAAGAUAUCAUGCAACAAACCAAGAGUUCAAAAUGAUUUUUCUUAGUACUAAUAUGUUCAAUUGGUUAAUCCUUAGAUUAGUGUACACCAUGUGUUCACAAGUAUUAAGAAGUUUCAAUGUCAAUCCUUAGAUUGGGGCACACCAUGUACGCCUAUUCAUGUACCGUAUUUUCGGCUAGACACCUGCAAUGCAAUUUGUGGCGGUUUGCUAGAAAAUAGUGGUACACAAAAAUUUUUAGGAAUUUAUCAAGAAGUUCCAUAAAUCAAUAAACUCUUGCAGCAUAGUAUAUGUAAUAUAAGGUACUUUUUUUUGUA